GCAGGCGACAGAUGUUGCGCGCCACGCUGAGCGAGGGGUUGUGCGGCGCGCCGCUCUCCACCACGACGCGUGUUUGUGUAGUGGCCGCGGUGCGAAGUGUAUCGCAGUCGUAACCGGCACGCACUUCUCCUAUUGGGAGAUCCAGCGCGCGCGCGAGACGCCGGAUACGCACUUCGCGUGUCGAUAACGGCCCGUGCGCGUCGUCGCCGACUUGUGUGGUCCCGCCGUCGUCGACGGCAACGCUCUUAAGCGGCGUUUCGGCAUCUAGACGUCGUCGAGAGCCUCGCCAUCUCCUCCGGAACUUGGGACGUCGUCGCCGACUUCCGUGCGACCGGACACCGUGCGAGUCGAUCGGCCGGGAGCGUCCGUGCCCGAGUUGGAUACCUGUUUCAAGCAGCUUGGUUUUUUUUUUUUCUCUCUGACCGUUUUCCUUUCGAAGCUCUCGUCCACGAAGCUUCUUCUCCAACUGUCCUUUCACCGGGUCCCGUCCGGAAAACCGUUACUGGAGUUGACAUCGGUGUAAACCCCUGGUGAAGGAAGUAACGAGGAAUCGCCGUGGUUGUCCCGGAAGGGAUUUCCCCAGCAGCAGUAAUCACCGUCUGGAGAGACAACCUUCGAGUCCCUGCGUUACGGGAAUUCCCCCUGUCUAUUCGUUGAGGAGGUACCAUGGCGUAGAUCGCACGGAAGCCCAAGCGACACGCUUGCCCAUCGAGAGUCGGUGCCUCGAAAGCCAUGCACCGCGGAUCGACGAUGUCACGUCACAAGUGGCCGCGGGUCAUCGUGGCCGCUUGGCUAGUCAACCUGGUGGUGGCCGAAAUAGGUGCGGUGUCGCGAGGAGACGCCAGCGGCAACGGCCUGACGUCGUCGUCGUCGGCCGGCGAAGCAGUGGACGACGUCGGCAACAGUUCGGCGGACGGCGCGUCAAUUUCUGGUCCCGGUGGCACCAAGCGGAAGCUGAUGCUGUCUAGUCAAGUGUUUACCUUCCUCAAGGAAACUUCUUUCCUUCGCGUCGAGCCGACCUUCUGGCCUCUGCAGCAGACCAGGGAGAUCACCUUCUCGUUCAAAACGGAAAAGCCGCAUGGGCUUCUAUUCUACCACCUGCUGGAGGAGUCGUCCGAGUUGGACAAAGUGCCAAGCUACGAGCUCUACGUCAUGCUCGAAAACGGCAGGCUCAAAAUCAUACACAUCCUCAACACGGAGGGUAACGAGAUCUUCUACGUCGGGAAAGGUCUCAGCCGGGACCGGUGGCACACGGUGACGCUACGCGUGACGCCCUCUGAGGGCGAGAUGCGAGUGCGUGUGGACCACGAGGAUCUGAACAUCAAGCUGUCCUCCCUGGUGCACCGUGGGGGAUAUGACAUCGGGUCCGACUCCACGUCAUCCUACCUAUACUUUGGCUCCAUCGACCCGAAGAACUCAUCGGUGGACAUGCACUACAACACGGACAGCUUCUUCGGCUGCCUGGGGCACGUCAGCUUCCGUCUCGAGAACGGCAGCGCCGUGGAUGCCGUGCUUUCAGUUGAGGAAGACGUGGUCAGGGACUGCGUCGACCUGUGCGACAAGUACGACUUCUGCCUCAACGGCGGCCGCUGCGUUAACCACUACAGCUACUAUGGCUGCGACUGCUACGGCACCCACUACGAGGACCACAUGUGCGGAUACGACAAUCUGACGACGGUGACACUGAGGGGCAACUCGUACAUCAUUUACCGCAUAUACGACUGGAAAGAUCGCGUGCACUCGGACUUCAACAGGAUCAGCAUGAUGUUCAGGGUAUACGUUCCCGAAGCCGUCCUUUUCCUAGCCGCAGGAGAACACGACCCAAAGAACACAGUUGCUGCCAGCAUAAAAGGCGGUGCUCUCUUCUUCAGCAUAGACUUUGGCCGAGGGCUGCUGAACGUCACCAUGGGGUCAAAUCUGCACGACGAGAUGUGGCACAAUUUCACGAUGGUCCACGACGGGAACCACGUCACUGUGUACUUAGACAAGAUGAUACACACGUUGCGCAUCAGUGACACCAACUACUACCUGCACCUUGACCCCGACAUCUACAUCGGAGGGGUGCCUCACGAGGCUCCAGGGCUAGUGACAGACCUGAAGUUUGUGGGCUGCUUCCGCGAGGUAUACUUCAACCGGGACAACUGCCUGCAGUCGCUUCGCAAGAACGAACCGAAGGCCCGCCACAACGGCAUCUUCCCCGUCGAGUAUGGCUGCGCUCUCGUGGACACCAUCCCGCUCACGUUUCCCUUCGCAGAGUCCCGGCUCACGCUGAACUUGCCCAGCAAGACGCGCCUCGACAUCUCCGUCGACUUCAAGACCGAACAGAACGAGACGGUCAUCGCAUCCAGCCUGCUCCGCUCCGACAAGGGACAGGGCUUCUGGGAGAUUCGUCUCAAGAAAGGCACCGCCAUCUUCACCAUCGUUCCAGAUGAGACGAACCCGUCGCACUACUGGUUCCUCAGUAAGGGCAAGCAGCUCACCGAUGGCCACUGGCAUCAGGUUGGCGUCAUUUUCGAGAACGGAAAUGUCGAGCUGACGAUCGACUUCAACCGGAAGUUGAAGGACACCUACCCCCGUCGCGUGGAGCUCGUCGGGCCGCUCGUGAUUGGAGGAUUCCCCAAGCAGCACGUCAUGGGCUUCGUGGGAUGCUUCCGCGACAUCUAUGUGGAGAAGGAGUGGGUGGAUCCUCGCAAGGUGGUCGGCACGGAGUACGCGCACGGUGAGGUCUCGCUGGAUAACUGUCAGCUCAUCAACCCGUGCAACAACCCGAACGCUUGCGAGCACGGAGGCCAGUGCUACCUGGACGGCUCGCGCUUCAAGUGCAACUGCAACGGCACGGGAUACACGGGCAAGACUUGCCACUUCUCAACGUACAAGCGGACAUGCCAGGAGCUGUUCCUCGUGGGCUACCGCAAGUCCGGGACGUACAAGAUCGACAUCGACCGAAACGGCCCACUCCCGCCGGCUCACGUGGAGUGCGACAUGCAGCGCCCGGACGGAUCCAUCGCAACCAAAGUCAACCACAACAUGCAACGCGAAAUGGUCGUGAGAAAAUAUGGCCUCGAAGGUUUCUACAUGGACAUCACCUACAGGGAGUUCACGCCUGAGAUGCUGCAGUCCCUGAUCCAUGCAUCCAAGCAGUGCUACCAGCACAUCAGCUACGAGUGCUUCAAGGCUCCCCUGGGACUGGAGAGCUACACAUGGUUGGAGUCAUCGUCCGGCCGCCACUACGUCACGAGCAUUGGCAGUGGCCGGCCCGCCUGGUGCCAGUGCGCUGAGACGCGAAGCUGCUCGAACGCGUCGCGCCUCUGCAACUGCGACGUGGCCGACGGCCGCUGGCGGCUCGACGAAGGGGUCUACGACCGGCCCGCGGACCUGGGCAUUGUGCGCAUAUACAUGCUCCAGCCGAAGGGGCUGGCCCACGACGCAGAGGCGCGCAUGACCCUGGGACCCCUCGAGUGCACCGAUACCAACACACAGCAGUACGUGAUCACCUUCAAGACGGCGCCCUCAUACCUGGAGGUGCAGACUGGCUGGCGCCGAGGGGAUCUGGCCUUCAGCUUCCGUACAUCCAGCAAGCGUGCCGUCGUGCUCUACCAGGCGGCGCUGCACGAGAAGCACGGGUACCUGCUCGCCAUGAUUACCAGCGACUACGAGCUCUCCUUCGAGUACACGGUGAAUGGAGAGCCGCGGAUCGUCAAGCUGCUGUCGCGCAGCCGCCUCAACACGGGCGAGUGGCAGCAGGUGUGGUUGGACCACGACACCCACCACAUGCGAUUCACCGUCAACCUGGACUCGGUCAUGGUCGACCUGGCCAAGGACGAAGGCGUCGGGCCCUUCGAGGGUCCCCUGUACAUUGGCGGCGCACCAAAAGAUCUGCUUACCCAUCCGGACAUCACUGAAGGCUUCAUAGGGUGCUUUAGAGGACUGAUAAUCAACAAUCACGUGGUGAACCUUUACAACCACCUAAGCCGGAGGGUGCCGGACAUCGUGAUGGACUGCCAGCCGUCGUGCUCGUCCAACCCGUGCCAGAACGGCGCCACCUGCCACGAGAACUGGGGCUCGUACAACUGCGAGUGCGAGAACGCGCUCGCGCACAGCGGAUUCAACUGCGAGAACAACCUCAACGAGAACUCGAUGACGUUCAUCACGUCUAGCUCGUGCUACCACCGGGCCACCCUCGGAAACGUGUCGGAUCCCGUUCUUGAACAUGACAUCCUGCUCAGCUUCCGCACCUACCAGUCCGAGGCCUUGCUCCUGUAUUCGUUCAACCAUCUCAACAACUUCGUGCAGCUGCACUUCGAGAAGCGGAAGCGCGUCGUCUUCACCUUCAACUCGGAGCGCACCAUCGUGCAAGGUUUCGUCGAGGCCCCUGAUUUGGCAACGGGUCGCAUCGUGCAGGUGUUUGUGGACAGGCAUCCUGACCGCACUGUUCUGCAAGUGAACGGCGACAACGUCACCAUACCCCACCCCAUGGCUUUUCUCAGCAAUUACUACAAGGAUCCGUGGAUUAAAGGAGAGGAGCUCGAACUCGUGAAACCGGCCAGAGGAACGUUCGAGAGUGUUCCCAACAGCCAGAUGUACUUGGGAGGCGUCGACUUCGUUGGAGCCACCACUAACCUACCAGGUCUGGUCGGCUGUCUGCAGGGACUACGAAUCGGAACCACUCAAGUGGACCUUGUCAAGGACGUCGAGAACCAAAAUGUUACCAAAGGGCAAAUACGGCCCGGCUGCAAGAUGAUGUGCGACUCUAAGCCCUGUCAUCACAGCGGUCUCUGCAUCGAAGACUGGAAGAACAACCUGACAAGCUGCGACUGCUCCAUGACGUCAUAUCAAGGAGACAUCUGCCAGACUGAUAUUGGAGCCCAGUUUGACGGCAAGGCUUGGAUCGAGUACAUGUUCACGCCCGAGACGACGGGGCAAGACAGGAUAUCUAUUGCGCUUGCGUUCUCUACCAAGGCGAAGGCAAGCGUACGCCAGGCGAUCCUGCUUGUACAGUAUGCACAGAGCCAACACUACGUCCUCGUGGCUGUCACACCGGAAGGGGCACUACAGAUUCAAGAGAACCACGCGUCGGCAAAAGCCUUUCGUACAGUGUUCGGAAAGCAGAUGGGAAACUUCGCGGACGGCUUCAGGCACUGGCUGCUCUACCGACGCGUGGAAAAUGACGCCCGAGUUGUGGUUGACGGCAAGGAGUACGUCCUGACCAGCACUACCCCAGACACUUCGGGACCCACGGUAGACAUCAGCUCCAGCCUUGUCAUCGUAGGUGGAACCAAGCGCGACCCAAGAUUCGGCGACUACGGCGACUUCCAAGGAUGCGUCUCUAACGUGGUUGUCGAGUUGCGGACGCUCAACAUUCGUCCACUGGAGACUUACUUCGGCUACCAAAAGGGGGCGCUGGAGAAAGUCAAAGUUUACGGCACCUUGCGGGAAGGAAGAUGCGCUGAGUUCGCGGCCAUCAUAGGAGACAAAACUGAGGCCAUCUUCAAGCCGCCAGCGGUCAGCGUACCGGAGUGGCACAAGACAAACCCCGUCCUGGUUCCUUACAAGCACAACUCCUUUCAUCCGCAAGCAACCAAGCUCCUCUACGCCAAGGCAACCAGCACGCGAGUGGCGGUCAUCAUGGGUGUCGUGCUCAUCGUGGUGCUGAUUGGGGUGUUCCUCUACGCCUGGCGACUGCAGAAGCGUCAUAAGCACCAGAAGUUGCGCGAGGACCUCACUUACUUCCGGCAGGGAUCGACUUACAAUCCGGCACGACCGACUCCCAGGCGCAAGGUCAACUCACCCGCUAAAGCUGUCAGCUUCAGCCGAGUGAACAGUGAUUAUCAGCCGGUGCCUCAGACAAACAAAGAAGUGCUUUCGUCGACGCCUCGCAAGUCGCUGGACUUGGUGAUACCAAAAUCUGUGCCGCUGGCCAAUGCGACACCGCCAAAGCCCAUCCUGAACAACCGAAACUCGACCCCAGCAGUGUCGCCCAUCGUCAAUGGCCUAGGUCAGCAUAAGUCAAGGCGACCCAUAUCCACUGCUUCCCAAGAACUUGAAUGGGAUCCUGCAGCCGAUCACGAUAUUCUGGGUUCUUCGGAACUGAGUGCCAUGGAUCUUGGAGAUGACGAAGACUUUCCCGAGACGCCCAGGAAGGCGAGCAAUGCAGAGCCGAUGCCGUCAAAUGCCUACACACUGGGAGCGUAUAGCGGUAGCUUGAUAUUCACCAACGCCCCCUACGACUCUCCAUCCGACUGAGGAAGGGAACGCGCCGACCGGAGCGCUCCGUGAGGGCACCUCGGCGAAACAGUGGUUGGUAACCCUCGCUAGGGUUAGGCCGGCUUCUCCGCCACAAGAUGUGCCAAGACAUUUCGUCCCUCCUGAACAGCGUGUGUCGUGAAAUCGUGCAUCUGCUGCACUCACUUAUGAGAACGAACUCAACCACCCAUCCGCCCUGUGUGCUCAAAAGACUGUGGCGUUUUUGCUUGUAGAGGUCAAGAGUGCUUAUUACCAGUGGCAUCGCGAACUAUUUCACGCUCGACCAAGAAGGCUUUGGCCCCAUCAGUGCUUGCUCAACGUGGUUUUGAGGACUCAGAAUGGCAUCUCAUUCAGUGCGACUGCAACAACAGGAUCACGUAUUUUGUUUCCUUCGAAAUAAUGACACUGCAGCUUUGGCAGCAGGAGUUUUCUUCUAAGGUUACAUCAUUGUCUCCUCUUUAAAGCGCUUCCUCGCACAUUUUUUUGUGCUAUCUCAAAUCUCCUUUGGUUUGGAGUGUGGCAGUAACGAACGCUUUCGUUCUUGCUUCGUGGCGAUCAAGAGUGGACAGUUUGAUCUCCUGCAAAGAGUUCUUCCAGCUCCGGCCAUCAAGACGGCCUGCAGCGCAGAACCAACUCAAGUGGCCCUAUUUUAACCAAAGAAUACUAGCUGCAGCGUUACGGUGACCGUAUUCAGUAGACUGCAGCUAAGCACGUAAUACAAAUGCACAGACUUCUAGACGCCAUCUGUGAAACAGCUGACCAGCUGACAUUGCGGCGUAAUUUGUGCACUUACGUUUGUGCUGGAGACAACUCCGCAAUUUUCCAGGGGCAAUUCAUUAGCUCCAUUAAAUUGUGGGCGUGGGUGUCGAUAAGAAAAAAUAAGAGGUUUGCAGAGAUGGGGACACCGAGAGCUGCAGCUGCUGUCCAAUGCUUUUAUCAUUUAUCGUGCGGCUAGUCUUAGCGGUUUCUUGUGUUGUGAGCUCAUUUUACGUAUCAUGCCAUUAUUUGUUGUUGCAAGUUACUCUUUUUUAGUAUAGGCCUACAGACGCUUAGCUGCUUAGCAGGCUAAAGCUAUCGUGCCAUGCGAAUGUUUUAGUUAGGCCUUAGAGCUCAUUUCUGUUCAUAUAUGCUUUACAAAAAGUAAAGGUACGGGAAUUCAUGAAUGGUUGAACCCAGGUCCAGUAAUUUUGUACGUUGCCCCUUAGGCUAUCUGUCGAACUUCACUGCAGUGCACAUGUGUAUAUCAAUGGGCAGCAUAAAAAAUACAAUUUCAGAAGGCCGCCCGAAUUUUAUUAACUUUCAGUUAUAGCAACGUCGAGAGGGUAUGCUCUUUUAUCAACAUGUGCAUUUAUGGCACUUGGUCGUAAGGGCGUUACAUCAUUGUAGUUUGGUCAGGAUUAAAGCACUGCUAUAACGCAGCCGGAAAGUUAGGAAUAAGUGCCAUAAAUACACAUGUUAUUAGAAGGCUGUAUUCACGCGACAUCGCUAACUGAACGUUGUUGAAGUUUGGGUGGCCUUUUGAAAUAUUAUUUUCAGAAAUGCUGCCCAUUGAGUUACGCUGGUGCAUUGUGGAGAAGUUCGACAAAUGACCGAAGGAGCAGGGUCCGACAUUUCCUGGUAUGACUACAAAUACUUCAUCGUAUAUCCAUCUGGAUGAAGAAUUCUGGAGGCGAUAUUUUAAUUACGUCCACUGCCUCAAGCAGUUUGUUGAUUUUCGCAAUUUGUUGUUCACUUACCAGCGUGAUACAGGGCAGUACGCUCAAUUGAAUGCAUUUGCGAUGAUGUUUAACAUGGAAAGGUUUUCGUACAAGUACCUCAUAUACAAAUACAUAUUUUAUUAUCAUACCCACAAAUGGUGUAAUAACUUGGUUGGGAUGUGCCACAAAGGAGUUGCCAUAACUUGAAAAGUUUCUAACAGCAAAGAUGCAUUUUUGUAGGCUCACUCAGGUGGCAUUUAUCACAGCAGCUAAGCAUUUUCACCAAAGUCACUAUAUGUUUUGAGACGACAUAGAUAACAGUGAACAUUCCAGUGGGCUUGAUACUUAUUACGAUAGAGCUUUGCAAUAAAACAUACUUUGUGGUAAACAUUUUAUAUGUGAGGUCAUGUUUGAAUCAUCAUGACGCAUUAUUCCUUGUGUGCAGAGUUCAAAUGAGACAAUGUGUUUAUACUGCAGUGUGUGAUAAGGAUGGGAGUGUUUUUAUGACAUGUUGUGACGGUGCAUAGCGUUGUUUUGCAAAUGGGAGAUCGUAGUUCAGCCAAGGCAAAUUAAAGAGCCACUCGCAGGGCAGUCGAACCUC